GAAUGGAGGGUCUAAGGAAACGAAGGAAUGACUCUGCAGAUCACAAAUCAUUGAUUUCCAAAUAUAGGAGCGGAGUGAAGCGAUUGGAUCUUUUUCCCAAAGUGGAUGACGACUAUGUGAUAAAGACAAAUGGAGGGGGAUAUGUUUCUGUAAUUACCACCUGUAUCAUGAUUAUUCUAUUCCUAACAGAGAUUUUUGCAUAUAUGCGUGUUCAGAGGACUGAAUCCAUCACUGUCCGAAAGGAUACGGAAGAUCGUUUGUUUAUCGACUUUAAUUUGACAAUGUAUAACAUCACCUGUCGAAGUACGGUGGAAUCUGCCAUCUGAGAGCUAGAACUGCGAUUCGACGUUUUGGAUGAGGAUGGAAUUCAUUCCUAUGGUUCCUCGAGCCAGAUUAUGAAACUAGAUGUUGAUGUAAACGGCGUAGUGACGGGAUUCAACCGCGAAUCGAUCUCUUCUUCUUCUUCUUCUUCUUCUUCCUCCGAUUCCUGCGGUAGUUGCUACGGAGCAGGCGCAGAAGGCCAAUGCUGCAACACCUGCUCGGCCAUCGUGGAAGCCUACAAUUCCCGCGGGUGGAGCCCCCAUUUCGUUCUCCAGUUCAGCCCGCUGUGCCGAAACUCCCGCCCCUCUGUGCUGUCGUUCAAAUCGGGCUGCAUGAUCUGGGGAGCCAUCGACGUGCACCAAGUCGCGGGAGACAUCCAUAUCCAGACAACCACGGGAAUGAUCGACAUUUUGGGGGCGCCGGUCUACGACGCGGAGAUCAUUUCCAAGCUCAAAUCCUCGCAUUUCAUCGAGCAUUUUUCGUUCGGGAAACACAUUCCGGGCGUGGAAAACCCGCUGAAUGGGCGGCGAUUUCUGGCCAAUCAGCUGACGUCGCACGCGUACCAGAUCGAGAUUCUCCCCGCGAUUUAUGAGCGCGGCGGGGUGGAGAUCCGUUCGAACGAAAUUUCGGUGUAUGAAACGGACAAAGUGGUAACCGUGGAACCGUCGGGGACGGCGGAUGUGGAGCCCGGGUUGUUUUUUAAGUACCGAAUCUCUCCGUUUGAGCACGUGAUUCGGGAGGAUCGGAAGGAGUUUUGGAGUUUGGUGGUUCGGUUGUGCGGCGUGAUGGGGGGAAUGAUGGCGGUAGGAGGGAAGGGAAGGAGGGAGUGA